UAAUUCUACUUUCUUGAUAUACAUGUAUGUACAACUGGAGAUGGAGACAUCUAUCUUCUCUUCAAAGCCAAGUAGUCUUUUUCCCCUAUCAAAUACAACUGUGGAGAUCAAAAUUUUCCCAUUUCUUGGAAGUUAUGUUUGUGGCCUAGUGGGCCUCCCCACAUAAUUUUAGCCUCACGAUUGUAUGCCCUCUAAGCUAUCCUAAUCUCUUGAAAAAUAUACUUAGGUUUACUAGUUGCAAAGUAAAGCUACAUUCUUUAUGAUAAUUCUCACCCUUUUAUGGUUUCCACUCUUACCCUUAAUGCUUGACUUACUUUCCUCUGUGUCUUGUUGCAUUUCUUUUAACCAAAACACCAUGUGCUAAGGGCAUACUGGUCAUAUAGAUCAUCUGCUUUUAUUGGAUGGCUGUUGGUAGAGUUUCUCUUUCAUUGAUUUCAUUGUAUUCUUACCUCUUAUUUAAGGUAUUAGUAAAAAAAAUCAGGAUGUGUUCGUGUGAAAUAAUGAUCCCAACCUUAACAAAAGCAUCUCUUUCGUUGAGGGGUCUCUCGUGUGGGCUUCAGUAGUGCUUGGUGAUAGCUUGACUAGCAAUCAUGGUUGAUGGUGGUGGAGAAAGCUCUUUGGUUGAUGGUUUGUCGACUGAAGAAUGGCUCUCGUGUGCUCAAGGGCUCGUCCCGAGGGCGUUGGGGAAGGCGAGGGAGGUGAAGGGGUUCCCAGGGAGGUGGAAGGUGAUCAUUUUGAAACUGGAGCAAGUGCCAUCACGCCUUUCUGAUCUAUCCAGCCAUCCUUGCUUUUCGAGGAAUGCACUGUGCAAGGAGCAGCUACAGGCCAUGUCGAAGACGUUGAAAGAUGUGAUUCAGUUGGCAGAUUUGUGUGGGAGGGAGAAAUAUGAGGGAAAGCUUCGGAUGCAGAGUGAUCUUGAUGCGGUUGCUGGGAGACUGGACUUGAAUCUGCGCGAUUGUGGGCUGUUGAUCAAGACGGGGGUGCUAGGGGAGGUGUCAUUCCAGUCUGCUGCAACGAGUAGUUGUGCUGAGCCAGAGGCUGCAGUUCAUGGCAACUUGAAGGAGCUGCUCGCCCGCCUCCAGAUUGGCCAUUUGGAGGCGAAGCACAAGGCGCUCGACAGCCUCGUGGAGGUGAUGAAGGACGACGAGAAGAGUGUGUUGGCCGUGAUUGGAAGGAGCAAUAUUGGAGCAUUGAUCCAUUUGCUGACCGCCACUUCGCCUCGGAUCAGGGAGAAGACGGUCACUGUCAUCUGCUCGCUUGCAGAGUCAGACACCUGUGAGAGCUGGCUCGUCUCAGAAGGCGUCCUCCCGCCUCUGAUAAGGCUCAUGGAGUCCGGGAGCAGUGUGGGGAAGGAGAAGGCCACCAUAGCCCUGCAGAGGCUGUCAAUGUCGUCUGAGACAGCUCGCUCAAUUGUUGGCCAUGGGGGGGUGAGGCCAUUGAUUGACAUAUGUCGUAGUGGCGACUGUGUUUCGCAGUCUGCUGCAGCCUGCACUCUCAAGAACGUAUCCGCUGUGCCAGAGACGAGGCAAGCGCUCGCAGAGGAAGGGAUUGUGAAGGUGAUGAUCAAUCUUCUUGAAUGUGGAAUCCUUUUGGGAUCAAAGGAGUAUGCAGCUGAAUGUCUGCAGAAUCUCACUUCAAGCAACGAUUAUUUGAAAAGAUCGGUUAUCUCAGAAGGUGGAAUACGAAGCCUGCUCUCCUAUCUGGACGGUCCGUUGCCUCAAGAAUCUGCAGUUGGUGCACUGAGAAACUUGGUUGGUUUAGUGCCGAUGGACGUGUUGAUCUCGCUAGGGCUUCUGCCCCGGCUGCUCCACGUGCUUGAGUCCGGAUCCGUUGGGGCUCAGCAGGCGGCGGCAGCAGCAAUCUGUCGAAUCUGCACUUCAGCAGCGAUGAAAAGCUCGGUGGGUGAGGCCGGGUGCAUCCCGUUGCUCGUGACAAUGAUGGAGGCCAAGGCAAACAGCGCGAGGGAGGUUGCAGCGCAGGCGGUUUCUUGCUUGAUGACUGUUUCUGACAACUGUCGUCUAGUCAAGAGAGACGACAAGAGCGUGCCGAACUUGGUGGCGUUGCUCGAUCCCAGCCCUCACAACACGGCCAAGAAAUACGCGGUCUCGUGCCUUACCCUACUCUCGUCGAGUAAGAAGUGCAAGAAGCUGAUGGCCUCGUAUGGGGCGAUCGGGUACCUCAAGAAGCUGUCGGAGAUGGACGUGCCGGGCGCGAAGAAGCUUCUAGAACGUCUGGAGCGAGGUAAAUUCAGAACUCUGUUCAGCAGGAAGUAGGAUACAUAGCCCUCCUAAUGUUUCCUGUUAUUGUAAAAUGGUAGUGUAUUUUUGAAAAACUUGUGAUGAAAAAUGUUAUGUUUCAUUCUCUAAAUGAAACAAAUUUACCUAUUCGAUGAAA